GUCUUCAUCCUCGGCGUCAACUUCCCCGAGCGGAACCUGCUCAAGGCAAGCAACACUUCUGCCCUCACCCCCCAACACGACCCCCGGAAGUCUCUUGAGUCCUUCUUCGGUAUCGGCAACCAUACCUCCUCCCGCCUCCUAGCCCGCUUCAACAUCCACCCGACCUGCCGAGUCGGCGAGCUGGCCAACAAGCAGGUUCUUGACAUGACCGCCGUCUUGUCGGACAUGAAGAUUGAGAAUGAUCUGCGCAGAGAGGUUGUGAACGAUAUCAAGCGUCUGAAGGAGACCGGAACAUACCGUGGCCGUCGUCAUGCUUUGGGUCUUCCUGUUCGCGGACAGCGUACCCGCACCCAGAUCAAAACUCCUGUCAAGCUGAACCGCAUGGAGCGUCGUAUGUAA